UUGGGCUGACAAUGAGUGAUCCGAUCGCAACGUGGUGUUCUAAUUGGGCUUGAAAUGGGCCACGAAGCCUUAGCGCAGCGAAAGACGUGUGGAACGAGGGAGAGGUUGACUGCGUCAAACCCCGACGCCCUAGCGCAGGUCUUGCCGGUCCUCUGCGAUACCGCUCUCCGCCGCGAGGUCCUUUACACCGCCAAGCUCGCUCUCUUCCCCAGAACGGCUUCGUGAGCUUCCUCUUCGAACUGUUGCGUACGCGAAGUUUGCGUCUCUUUUGGCGAAUAGGUGGAGACGAAUCGGAGUGGGGAAGUCCGGUUGUCGCAAGAUGAAGAUGAUGCAAAUGUAGGGUUUCGCUUAAUCGUUCCAAGGUCGCAUCUUGAAUGGUUUUUUGGUCGCCGAGGAACGUACAUGUAUGGAUUUAGAGGCCAUGGAUUCUAGGUUUGAUAUAUCAGGUGAUGAAUCCAAAGUCUUUGAGCUGAUUGAAGAUUUGAAGAGUAAUUCUACAGAUGUGCAGAGAGCUGCUACAGCUGAGCUGCGUCUUCUUGCUAGACACAUGGAAAAUAGGAUGGUGAUUGCAAACUGUGGAGCUAUAAGCUUGUUGGUUGGUCUGCUUCAUUCAACAGAUCCAAAGACUCAAGAAAAUGCCGUGACAGCCCUUCUAAACUUGUCACUAAGUGACAAUAAGAUUGCCAUUGCAAAUGCCAAUGCCAUUGACCCUCUCAUUCAUGUGCUUAAGACAGGCAACCCUGAAGCACAAGAGAACUCAGCGGCAACAUUACUUAGCCUUUCAGUAACUGAAGAAAACAAGCUUCAGAUUGGACGGUCUGGUGCUAUCGGACCUUUGGUAGAACUUUUAGCAAAUGGAACUCUUCGAGGAAAGAAAGAUGCAGUAUCAGCAUUAUAUAAUUUGUCAACCUUGCGUGACAACAAGCUACGGAUUGUGCAGGCUGGAGCCAUGAGUCACUUGGUAGAGCUGAUGGACCCAGCAACUGGUAUGGUUGACAAGGCUGUGGCUGUUUUAGCAAACCUUGCAAGUAUACCAGAAGGAAGAAAUGCACUUGGUCAAGAUGGUGGUAUCUUUGUACUCGUGGAGGUUGUUGAAUUGGGGUCUGCAAGAGCAAAAGAAAAUGCUGCUGCAGCUUUGCUUCAGCUGUGUAAGAAUAGUGGUAGAUUUUGUAGUCUAGUUCUUCAGGAAGGUGCUGUGCCUCCAUUGGUAGCAUUGUCACAGUUUGGUACACCACGUGCUAAAGAGAAGGCUCGGGCUCUUCUAAACUGCUUCCAAAAUCAAGGCUAUCUCCACUCUGGGAGGAGGUGAUUCAUAUCUUCAGGUUUCUCAGCUUCGUGUAACAACAAUUCAAAUGCAAUGGAUUGCCCUGACUGUAACUAGCUGUCUAUCUUGGAAGUUUCAAAGCAUUUCAAUCCAGAUUUGCAUGGGAUGCUGCCUUGUGGAAGAAACACACUAAUCUGUUGUGCCGUGUUUACUGGUGUCUGUUGAUUCUUUUCUCGUUGUAGUCUUAUUGUGUAUGUGUAUCUUUUAUUUCUGUAACAUGUGACUUCCAUCCUUAAGGAACUUCAAUGUUAAAUUGUUGAUAGCCUAUGAUGUUCAUCGGACGCCCUCUCUGAGUCCUUCUUUUCGUUAAGAACAUGAAAAUAAAAAUUCAAGAAAAAAGGAAUAUUUUUAGUUCUA